AUGCCUCGGCCCAAAGUCCGUCCCGAAGACCGUCAGCGAGCGGUCAAGGCGUGCAUCCCGUGCAAAUCGUCCAAGAAGAGAUGCGAUGCUCAGCAACCGUGUUCGAAUUGUGUGAGGAAAAGGGCGGCAGAGACGUGCGAAUAUGCAGAGUCCAUGGUCCGACCUCGCGGCAUCCACGCCCACACGGCCAGAGCCGCAAGUGUUCAACAUUCGUCUACUACCGCCGUCGCCAAGGGCGACCAUGAACGCGACACAAGUACGAAAUCACCGGUCGAGGAGGAGUAUCAGUCGCCAGUAUCGGCGACUGGCAAGCGCAAAAGAUCGCCUGCGCGGGGUGCGUCGACUCUACGCAGACUCAGCGGCGGCCGAUUGCUGUUAAACUCCCGAGGCGAGAAAGUAUACGUCGGUGGUACAGCAUCGCUUUCGUUCUUGCAGUUCCUUCGCCACACCCUCAAGCAGCAGAUGGGUCCGUCGGUUUUCACAGAUAAUGAUCGACGAAAUGUCAUGCUCGAAGUACGGAGCCCGGAAGACACGAACGCCAUCUUCGAAGAGGACGAAAGCCAGAAACGGGCAUUGGUUGAGAUCUAUUUUGCUGCGACAAAUGGCUUUCUCGAUUUGUUUACGCGCGACGAGAUCGAAGCAUACCUGACGGGCGCCACCACGCCCGCUGACGGCGUUCAUGAAUACGCACCUGUAGCACUCGACCUGGUCGUCGCCAUUGGCGGUCAGUGUCGCGCACUUGGACCCCACGACUUGCGCUACGCUGUACGAUGCUUUUCGCGGGCGCAGAAAGCAGCCAUGGCGUCUGCGCUGGAAGACCCGUGCUUGGACAUGGUGCGCUGCUUCCUUCUCAUGGCGUUCUACAUGUUGGGCGCGUGCCGAAGGAAUGCCGCAUUCAUGUACGUUGGCAUCGCAGCACAAGCAUCCUCCGCGCUCGGGUUACAUGUCACUGAAGAAUAUCGCCACUUUACCGUUGCCGAGAGGAGUGUUCGACUACGGACGUUGAAGAGUCUCCGCGUUCUCGAUGUAUUGGUCUGUUCGAUCCUCGGCCGGACCUAUUCCACACCCGCAGUACGUAUCGACAGCGCAAGUUUUACCGGCAUGCACGUCCAGCCCGCCAAGCCGAGAGACAUGGCUCUCAACGCUAGUUUCGGUGCGUGCGAACUGAUCGCCGAGAUCAUGUAUAGUCUCGACGGUAAUAUCUCCAAUCCGAUCGACACUCCCACGGCAAAGCGGUUUCUCGAACGUUUGAGGAGUUGGAGCGCCAAUCUCCCGCUUGAGAUCCGUCGAUUUGAAACGACAGGCAAAGAGCCGCUCAAUUCCACGGAUCAGGAGUGCAUCAUCGGAAGUAUCCACGUGAGUUGCGUGUAUUACUUUGCCGUGAUGCUGGUGACGAGACCAUUUCUCAUCAAUCAUCUCAUGGCACGAUUGCCAGGCGCCUCAUCGAAAGAAGCCGCGCAGACCAGGCACUUUGAAGACGCGGCGAGGGCACAGGAUUCAGAAGCGGUGAAUCUCGCGCAGGCUUGUAUCGACUCGGCGAUCCUCAUGGCGCAGACGUGCUUUGAUGCAUUGCAGGGUGGGAUCUUGUUGCAGAACAUGUGUAUCAUGAAGGCGUGGGUCUUCGCAGCUGGUUUGGUCCUAGGAUUCUCCAUGUUUGCGCAAGGAGAGUCUCCAUUCGACAUGGAUGAAUCGUUCAACGGGGCGAGAGAAGUACUCAAGAAACUAGCCGAGCACAGCCCCCAGGCAGAACAUUACUAUGAUAUCCUAAUCGGAUUCGCCGACGCCAUACAGCGACAUAGGCAGCACUUGUCGCGCGAAAAGAGACGUGCGAGCGGCAAGUACGUCAACAGGAUCUUGUCUCUCGACGUCAAUGUCAAUCUCGGCGGCGGGGGCGGCAGUAAUACUAAGAACAAUGCCAACAUAUCGAGCGCGGGGUCCCAAGCUACGUUCUCUCCGGGCAGUAUACUGGAUUUGAGAGAUAGGGACAGGGAUACCGUGGCAUCUUCAACGAACCAAAUGACGGAUGUCGAGUUCGCUGCUUCUGCUACGCCGGCAGAUGCUGACGUUCUACCAUCAUCUCUCGCUCACGCUCAUGCUGAUGGGCAGACACCGUUCCAGUUACUCGGUACGCCGCAUUUUCCUGUAGACUCUGGAGGGUUCGACUUUGGGCUUUUCGGCUGGGAUAAUUUCGCCAUGCAGAUUUCGGAGAAUUUCUCGUUUGACAACUACGAGGAUACCUGGGGGCCAGCGGAAUAA